CUCGUCAGCAGAGUGGAGCAGCUUAGCUGCAGCUGGACCUACUUGCUGUCUAGGGCCGAACAGGCUGUUUCUCAUGUCAAAUGUCACUUUGUUUUCACUCCUCAGUCGCCUAACAGCCGGACGCUUCCUUCCGGGCUGCCCUCUCUUCUCACGAGUCUGUUAGCGGUUCUCUGUGGUCAUUUCUGGCCGCUGUCUUGUCUCGUGGCUUUCGCGGCAGGAUGGUUUUGUCAACAUCACAACAAGUCGCCCUGGCUUUUACGGCCGUGCUCUUCACGUUUGUCGUCCUGCCGAAGAUGUUUGGUGUCGGCGGCGGCGCCGGGGCGAAGGACACUCGGAUGGACCCUCGGUACUCCAGAAAAGGUCCUGGCCCGGGUGGGCUCAGAAAUCACCCCAUCAGUGGGCCUGGCUCUCCUCAGUCCCCUGAGAACAUGCAGCAUAUGAAGAAGCUGAUGGAGCAAGAGCUGAAGAAUGACAAGUUCAAAUCCAACAACAACAACAAGGGCUAUGUUUUCACACUGAUGCCACUGUACGCCAUUGGAGUCGGUGUGUUUGCAGCCUACAAGUUCCUGAAGAUCAGGUCUGCUGAUGACCAGGCACAGAGGGACAAAUUUGCAAAAGGGGCCAAAAAAUCAGUGGAGGCAGAAAACCAGUUGAAUGAGCUGGAACAAAGGCUGGCACAGACUGAAAGGAUGCUCAAUUCUAUCCUCACACAGCUGGACCCGCUCACUAACUGUGUGAAAUCAGUGGCACAGGAGCAGAAAAACGAGAUCAUGUCUCAACUCCAAACCAUCCGCUACCUGAUGAAGAAGAGAGGGAUGGACUGUCCACCACUGAGGGUCAAUGAGGUGUCAUGUGAGCGUAACCUGGACAACCUGAUUGAGUCCCUUGGGGCCGAUGACUUCACAACAGCAGACAAUGUGACUCCAGGAGCAGCGGAGGCUCCAGAGAAAGUCCAUCAGAAACAGUCAGAGGCGACAGAUGAAGCCGCAGCAGAGGCUGAGGAGACGAAGGAGCUGGAACCAGAGCAUUCUGAAGAUGAAGUGGAGAAAGAAGUUGCAUCAGAAGAAGAGGAGGAGGAAGAGGAGGAAGAGGAAGAGGGAGUGGAGAAAAUUGAGCACAUGCCUUCACUCGAGGACUCUUACGAACCAAACACUGAGGAGGUGUUGCUCGCAUCAGGGCUGAGACGACGCACCAGGCCUGAAUGACCUCACUGCACGACUGCGCUGCACUCUAUAGAUAUAAUUGUGAUAUUAUUUAUUAUCUGAAAGGCUUUCCUUCCAAAAAUACUCUUUACUUAUUCAUCAAAGACAUAGUAUGCAUUAAUAAGAGACAUUAACCUCAUGGGAGACAGGGCUGUGUUUACUUAUGUCAGUCAGAAAGAUCAACACAGAGACAAGAUCAUUUAAACAAGGUCAGUAGAAACAUCUCCUCUUAAUUUAUUUAAAGCUCUAAGGCUUUGUUUAGACUGCAGCCCAAAUCAGAUUUGUUAGCAUACCCGAUCAGAAUCUGAUCUUCCUGACCAACACAGCCAAUUUGCGUGACAUGGUCUCGUCUGCCACAUAUAGUUACAGGCCACGCCCUGGACAACAGUAGUCUAAACAAAAUAAAUAUAUGGAUGACAGAAAUCUGUGCCUCUUUCUGUCCUAUAGUUAUAGUUAUGUGGAGCUUCGGCGCAAACGUUCUUCAGAUGUUUAAACCAUUGUCUUCCACUUUGUCGAUCGUUUAACGCGCCUCUGAUCGCAAUCGCAUUCAAAACCACCUCCAUGCGUGGUUUGAAUCCGCAUUGAACAAACUGGAUCGGAGCUCAUGUGUCAUUUAGCUGUUCAGACUGCCAAAAAUGAGGUUGGUUACAAUCUGGAUAUACUUUUCAAUUCCAAUCUGGGCUGCAGUCUAAACAAGACCUGAGGAAAGGUUGUCCUCCUCAUUGUCAUAUUGUCCGUUAGCCCGUCCAGCACCGUGUGUCACACCUGCCCACUGUCAAGCAUUGACAUGACAGGUACAUCAGCUGUGAGCACACGUGAUAUGCUCUUAUUAGAUACUGCACGUGUUCUGCUGCUGUAAUGACACCAGGAGAUAAUUUGUUUAUUUAUUAGGAUCCCCGUUAGCCGUCUGCUAUAGCAUGGCUAGUCUUCCUGGGGAUCCACAACAAGUCGUAAUCACACAGUAGAUUUGAACCGUAAAAGGAACACACAAGAAGAAGAAUAUAAGCAACAAUUGAACUGAUACAAUGACAGCAUAGCAAACAAUUUUAAAUAAUAAAUAUUAAGCAUAAUAAUGACAAAAAAAUGUGUUAAAUCAAUAGAUUUACCCCAACAAAAUGACAAGGUAGUUAAAGCGCAGGAAAGUGACAACAAUGUUUGGUAACAGUUUUUCUCAUCUCUUGUAGAUAACUUUAUUCUCGAUCUGUUUAAUAUGAAUUACUAAACUGUUCCAGGCAGAAAAACCUUUAUACUGAACAGUUUUCUUCAAAAAAUGGUAAAACCAAUGUCACAAGCCCAUGGCAAAAGCCACUAUGUAGGAGUUUAAUAGGAGUUUAAGAUUAAUAGAUUAUUUUUUAUUAUCUAUUUAUCUGUGUACUAUUUACUCGAUUAAUUGUUUGGUCCAGAAAAUUUCAGAAAAUGUUGAAAAGUGGCGAUUGGAAAUGAUGAUGUUCUCAAAUGUCUUGUUUUGCCCUUAAACCAAAAUUAAUCAACUUUUAUGAGCAAAGAAACUAAGAACAUGUUUAUAUUUAUAGAAGCUGAAAUAUCAAAAAACCCCACUGAUUAACCGAUUCUGAAUAUAAUUGCAAAAAAAUAUUGGUGUCAAGGUUCUAAUAUUGGUAUCUCUAUCAGACGUGAAAAAGUGUCAUUGAGCCGUCCCUAGUGUGGACACAUCAACAGAAGUGGGGAAAAGCUGUUCAAAGUUGCCAUUUUGCCAACAUGUAAACAAUUUAUAGUUAAGUUAUACAUGUGGCUCACAUACACACCAAAAGAGACUCUUGAGCCAUUAAAACUAUGCUUAUAGUUGUCAAACUACAUUAUAUUCAUUCAGUAUGAAGAGUGAUGCCGAAGAGGAAUAUAAGAGGAAUAUAAGUGAAUGUGUUUCUGUCACCUUGUGACGUCUUCUCUGUUUGAUUCUCUGUUCUUGUUGUUUCAGACAAACCACAGGUUGUCACUACAUGGGCUUAGUCUUUGUGCUGACGUGAAAAUAGAGCCUUUAAUGUCCUGUUCUUUCCCGUUGCCACUCAUUUGAUGACACUAAUGAUCACCAUUUUUAAACUUCACAAUGAAAUGACUUGCUCUGUCAUCGGUUUAGAUUUGCACCUGUCUCUUCUCCAGGCUAAAAAAUAGGCUGUGUGUGUCUGUGUGUGUGUGUGUCUGUAUGUCUGUGUGUGUGUGUCUGUGUGUGUGUGUGUGUGUGUGUGUGUGUGUGUGUGUGUGUGUGUUGCUGCCAGUUUUGCCUUUACAGGCUUGUUGCCUUCACGGUCAACAUGCUGCCAAACAUCUGCAACUGCCAUUAUGGCUGCAUUCCAUUUAGUUUUAGCUGGCCCACUGACAUGUAUCACUGAGACUAAACAUCACUCGUUCAUGUUUGUUGCUGUUAAAGAGUCUGUUUAUGACAUUAUUUUAAAAACGCUUCACUCUAACCCUCAGGUUGAGAUUGUUAUAGACUCUGGUCGCUUUAUUAGGUACACAGGUCCACCUGAUGAAGUGGCACCCAGUGUACGUUUCUGCUGCUGUGGCUCAUGUUGUGUGUUCAGAGAUGGUCUUCAACUGAACCCAACGGUUUUCUCUCUAUCAUUUCAAUCAAGACUGGACAUUUGUCUGACCUCUGGCAUCAACUAGACAUUUUCUCCCAGAGAGAGAGAGAGAACUGCUGCCCGCUAUAUAUUUUCUGUUAAAUAGAAAUAGUUGUGUGUGUGAAAAUCCUCACUUAAAUCAACGUUUCUUCCUUAUUCUGAUGCUCAGUUUGAACUUCAGAAGCUCUUCUUAAAAAUGUCUGCAUGCCUACAUGCACUGAGUUGCUGCCAGGUGAUUAGAUAUUUGUGUUAACGGGUGUACCUAAUAUUGUGGCUUGACACUUAAUAACAAAUCAAAUGAAAGUGUGACCUUGAUGAAAUGCAUAGAAAUCUUACCAUCAAAAUGUAAAUAUCUUAUUUUUUGAGUAUUUAAAUAUGUAUUUAGAUUAUUUUUUGUCCCAUAAAAGGAUUGGCAUUAAUGCUGUUGGAUGUGACUGCAGAAUAUUACAACAUUUAUUUUAGAGGUUGGAACUCGGGCUGUUAAUGUAUCAAAUGAUAGAUGUGCAUGUUUUUUUGUUUGUUUUUUUCCUGUAACUUGUGCCUGCAUGAUGUUUUUCAAUUAUUCACCAUAAGGGAAAAUGACAAUCUUUUAAUGAGCUACAAACCUGAAGUCAACAUUUACACCUUUACUUUUAAAGGUGUGUCUCUGUUUGUCACAGCAUUGUGGUAUCACUGAAGCCUUAUAUUUUAAUGUUGUGGUUUCCUGGCAACUCACUGUAUGUCAACUUCCUGUCAGGCUGUCUCUAAAUGUACAAAGUACAUAUGUUGUCAUUUGUGCUGUCAGUUACAGCUACAACAACACCAUGAUCAAUUUUACAUCUUAUGUCCAUGUUUCUUCUUUUACAAAUAUUUUUAUUAUCGCUUUGCAGUUGAUGCUAAUUUAGUAAAAUGUGGAAAAACAAAUCACAGUAAAAUCACCACAACACAAUUAAAAUACAGUAAUUGUUGCAUUUGAGAGCUGAAAUGAAAUAUUUGAUCACUGCUGACACUUAAAAGUUUUACCUUUUGAAAUGACUGACACUUCUUAGUAUCACGAAACUUUGCCUUAACUUAUUCUGUACAUGUUUCCCCCUCCUUAAAACAAUUUUCCUUGUCUUGUUUGUUGUAUGUUUCUUAUGGGAACAAACGAAAUAUCCGCUUGUCUUAGUAGAAAAUAAAAGAAACAAAAAUAUAAAAAA